AUGGGAUCAAAGAUUUCUCGGGUUGACCCGAGUCCCCAACUGAUUGACCCGAGUCCCCAGCUGAUUAACCUGCCCAUUCUCCAGGAAUUCAAGCUCUACAGUACUCCCUCGAAUUUGUAUUUAAUUGGGAGAGACGAGAGCAAAAGCUUCAAGAGGAUUCUUAAGAUUGGUCGAACAGAUCGAGACGAGCUAAAUUUAUUUGAAGAUCCUACAACGUACACAAAUGCAGAAAUGCACGAGCUCAAAAGAUGGCUAAGUCGAGGCAACCAGGAAUAUGGUGGGCUUCAACCAGUCACAGCUUGCUACGGAAUCAUUGGGUUUGUGAGAUUCUUGGAGCCCUAUUACAUGCUGCUGAUAACAAAAAGAAAGAAAGUGGGUGAAAUCUGCGGCCAUACGGUUUAUAGUAUUGCAGAGAGUAAAAUGAUCGUGAUUCCAAAUCCUGCCAUUCAAACGAGCGUGGCGGAUUCUUUGGCCGAGCGAAGGUACAGGAAGCUCCUAAGCAUGGUGGAUCUUACCAAAAACUUCUUCUUCAGCUACACAUACCACUUAAUGUAUAGCCUUCAGAAGAACAUGUGCAACACUGAGAUAGGAAACGCUCACGACAACACGAUGUUCGUUUGGAACGAAUAUUUAACACACGGGAUCAGGAGGAUCCUCCAGAACACCACAUGGACUGUUGCAUUGAUAUACGGAUUCUUUAAACAGAAUGAAUGUUUUGUAUCAGAUGAAGAAUUUGUAUUGACUGUCAUAGCUCGGCGUUCGCGACAUUAUGCUGGUACUAGAUACUUAACGCGUGGUGUAAAUGAGGAAGGCAGCGUAGCCAACUACGUUGAGACAGAGCAGAUUGUUUCCAAAAAGGUUCCAGAGGGUCAGAAAAUCCCAAUAACAUCAAUUGUGCAGAUUCGAGGCUCCAUACCUCUCUUUUGGUCACAGGAGACUUCUGUGUUCAACCCACAACCCGAGAUAAUACUGAACAAGAUGGACAAGAAUUAUGCGGCUACUAAACACCACUUUGAGAAUCUGAGACAGAGGUAUGGUAAGCCGAUAAUCAUCCUGAACCUCGUAAAGAAAGGUGAGAAAAACCAUCGAGAAACCAUAUUAGGUGCAGAGUAUGCAAAAGUAAUCAAAGUUAUUAACAAACCACGCAAAAGAAAGGAGAACCGUAUAAAGACAGUCCAUUUUGAUCUAAACAAAGUUUACAAAAGAGGAGCUGAUGUUGCAUUCGAAUGCUUGUGUACCGUUGGGAGGAAGGCAUUGGAAUUAACUAACUUAUUUUUCUGUCAAGCUCCUUCAGGCGUAGGAGUUCAAGACGUAUUGAACGACUCAUUUUUCAAUAACCCUCUUCCGAAUCAAGAAGAUAUUGAUGAAGAAGCUUUGACCCCUGAUAUAUUUAAGCUUCAGAGUGGGGUCUUGAGGACAAACUGCAUAGACUGCUUGGAUCGUACUAACUUUGCUCAGUACGCACACGGUUUGGUAGCUCUUGCUCAUCAACUGGAUACAUUGGGUAUCACGGGGCCUCCUGUCGUCGAUGUUAACAAUCCUCUAGCAAAAGCAUUGAUGGAAGUUUACCAAAAGAUGGGGAAUACAAUUGCACUGCAGUAUGGUGGCUCGGAUGCACACAUCAAGAUGUUCAGUGCUCUGAGGGGUGGUUGGAACAUGGUGAUGAAGCAACGUGAUAUCUUCACAGCUGUGCGUCGUCACUACAACAACGCUUAUCAGGACGACGAAAAGCAAAACGCCAUCAAUGUUUUCUUGGGGCAAUCCGGGCCACAAUUGGGAAGGCCAAUACCGUGGGAGUUGGAUUCUGACCAACAUAACAUUAAAAGAAGUAGUUCUAGAGUAGAUAUCGAAAACCUGAGGCCACUAAUUAAAAGAUCCUUUUCCGAUAACCUUCUCUUGGCGGGUGAUGUGAAUUCGGAGGAGCUAGUACUCGAAGAUCCUCAGCCUUCACGUGAAGGGAUUAACGGUGCAAUCUCGGAGACCACUUCAGAAAUUUGCUUCAAUGAAACUGAACCAGCUUCUCUAAGCUUCCUCUCGGCUAUUCGCACUGAAGAUCAUUUGCGAGGAACAGGAUCAAGCCAGAUGUUUCCAGGCAGUAGCUCUACUUCUGAUUCUCGCAGGCACGAUGUACCUGGUUUUUCACAUUCGUACAAAACUAAAUUCACUCCGGUGGAAGAAACGCUUGAACGUUGCAGCUCAAUGUCGUCAGAUGACAUGUUCACCGACCUGGACGAGUUCGUCACUUCUGAAACUAAUACGAACACGAUUUUUGAGGAUCCUCGCCGUUCGAACGAACCAGGAGGUUUUACUGAAUAUGUCUUAGUAGAUGGCUUCUCAAAUGAUUUCACUCAAUGGGUCUCAUCCGGAAGAACAUUGUAA